AUGAGGGAGAAAGCCAUGGCUCCCUCCGAGACAACACCGCUUCUCGUGGUCAAUGUCGCUCCCCAGCGACAUCGAUACCCCCAUCAUACCUUACGACGGGCAUGCAGCUGGUCCCUCAGCCUGGUACUUUCCAUCGGCCUGAUUCUAUUCCUCAUCCCGUCUGCCAUCUUGCCUCGCGAACAUGGCUCAAUCUGGUCGUAUCUUCCCGGCGCCAACCCGUUCCCAUACACGUCAUGGCCCCACGGCCACGGCCUCACCUAUGAAGAGCUGCAGGCUGUUCUCCAAAACACCCCAUCCGCCGCCAAGGCCCGCGACUGGAGUAAGUAUUAUACAGCCGGCCCUCAUCUUGCCGGCAAGAAUCUCAGUCAGGCCCUUUGGACCCGCGAGAAGUGGCAAGAGUUCGGCGUGACAGAUACCGAGGUCGUCGCCUAUGACGUCUAUCUCAACUACCCCGUCGACCACCGUCUCGCUCUGCUAAAGCAAAACGGUGAUCAAACUGAGAUUACUUUUGAAGCUUCCCUGGAGGAAGACGUCCUCGAGGAAGAUCACACGAGUGGGCUUCCUGAGCGCGUGCCCACUUUCCACGGCUACUCGGCCAGCGGGAACGUCACUGCUCCCUUCGUGUAUGCGAAUUUCGGUACCGUGCAGGAUUACCAGGAUUUGGUUGAUGCCAAUGUCAGUUUGGCGGGUAAGAUUGCGAUUGUCAAGUAUGGUCGCAUUUUCCGGGGCUUGAAGGUAAAGCGGGCGCAGGAGCUCGGGAUGGUCGGUGUGGUGAUGUACGACGAUCCUCAGGAAGACGGUGAGAUUACGGAGGAUAAUGGCUACAAGCCGUAUCCUGAGGGUCCGGCUCGGAAUCCUAGUGCGGUGCAGAGAGGCAGUACGCAGUUCUUGAGCAUCGCUCCUGGUGACCCUACCACUCCCGGUUAUCCAUCUAAACCUGGCUGUGAACGACAGGACCCCCAUAACACGAUCCCCUCGAUCCCUUCCUUGCCAAUUUCCUACCAGGAGGUGCUGCCAUUCCUGAAAGCCCUCAAUGGGCAUGGCCCCAAAGCCUCGGACUUCAAUAAGUGGUGGCAGGGUGGUAAACUCGGACCGAAGGGCGUGGAGUAUCAUAUUGGACCUUCUCCGGACGAUGUUGUCAUCAAUCUCUAUAAUGAGCAGGAAUAUGUCACGACCCCGUUAUGGAACGUGAUUGGCACUAUCAAGGGGGCUAUUGCAGACGAGGUUGUGAUCCUCGGUAACCAUCGCGAUGCGUGGAUUGCAGGUGGAGCUGGAGAUCCGAACAGCGGAUCUGCUGUACUUAACGAGGUCAUUCGCAGUUUCGGCGAGGCACUCAAAGCAGGAUGGAAGCCACUGCGCACCAUUGUCUUUGCCAGCUGGGAUGGCGAAGAGUAUGGACUACUUGGAUCUACUGAGUGGGUUGAAGAUAUGCUUCCCUGGCUGAGUAAGACCACGAUCGCAUACCUCAAUGUCGAUGUUGCCGCAUCUGGAACUACAUUCAACCCCAUGGCAAGCCCGCUACUGAACGGUGUGAUCUACGAGGUGACGGGACUGGUCCAGUCGCCAAAUCAGACGGUCAAGGGCCAGACCGUACGGGACACGUGGGAUGGUCAGAUCGCCACGAUGGGCAGUGGAAGCGACUUUACUGCUUUCCAGGACUUUGCUGGCAUUCCCAGCUAUGAUCUAGCGUUUAGCCACGGGCCGAAUGAUCCCGUGUACCACUAUCACUCGAACUACGACAGUUUCGACUGGAUGGAUCGGUUCGGUGAUUCAGACUGGCUCUACCACGAAGCAAGCACCAAAAUCUGGGCUCUGGCCGCAGCGAGGCUGGCGCAGACGCCCGUGCUAGCCUUCAACGCUACGGAUUAUGCCGUAGGACUGGGCACGUAUCUGGACCGAAUCAGGCCUGCAGCGGAAAAUCUUCCCGACCACGUUUCUUUCGAUUUUGGGCCCUUGGACCGGGCUAUUGCAGAGCUUCGAGAAGCUGCGGCCAGAUUCGACGCUGAAGCCGCAGAGUUGACCUCGCAACUGGACGAGAACCUCCCGUGGUGGCUCUGGUGGAAGAAGGUGCGACUGUACUUUUUGAUCCGGGGAGUCAACGACAAGUACAAGGGUAUUGAGCGCAAGUUCCUGUACCAGCCUGGCUUGGACGGAAGGAACUGGUACAAACACGUGGUGUUCGCGCCCGGCAUCUGGACGGGAUACUCAGGCGCGACGUAUCCCGGCCUGGUGGAGAGUCUGGAAGCAGGUGACUUAGAGAAUGCCAAGAAAUGGCGCGCUAUUAUCCGCGAGCGUAUUGACGACGCCACGAAGCUGUUGCAGUAA